GUCACUUCCGCUGCGGCAGCGGCGCCGUGCGUCGUUGCUAGGAGACGUGCGCGGUGACGUCAGGGGCGGGCGCCGCGGUCGAUCAGCUGGUGGCGGAGCUGCGGGGCCGCGGCGGCGGCGGCAGGGACCCCGGCGGCGCCAUGGGGGAGCUGUUCCGCAGCGAGGAGAUGACCCUGGCGCAGCUCUUCCUGCAGUCCGAGGCCGCCUACUGCUGUGUCAGCGAGCUGGGCGAGCUGGGGAAGGUGCAGUUCCGCGACCUGAACCCGGACGUGAACGUGUUCCAACGUAAAUUCGUUAAUGAAGUCAGGAGGUGCGAAGAAAUGGACCGCAAGCUGAGGUUCGUUGAGAAGGAGAUUAAAAAGGCAAAUAUUCCUAUCAUGGACACUGGUGAAAACCCAGAGGUGCCUUUUCCACGUGACAUGAUUGACUUGGAGGCGAACUUUGAGAAAAUUGAAAAUGAGCUUAAAGAAAUCAACACAAACCAGGAAGCCCUGAAGAGAAACUUCUUGGAGCUGACAGAGUUAAAAUUUAUACUGCGUAAAACUCAGCAAUUUUUUGAUGAGGCUGAAUUGCAUCAUCAGCAGAUGGCGGAUCCAGACCUGUUGGAGGAAUCCUCUUCACUCCUGGAGCCAAGCGAGAUGGGAAGAGGUGCCCCACUACGGCUUGGGUUUGUGGCUGGUGUGAUCAACCGUGAGCGAAUCCCCAUGUUUGAGCGCAUGCUGUGGCGAGUGUGCCGAGGGAAUGUGUUCCUGCGUCAGGCAGAGAUUGAAAACCCCCUGGAGGAUCCUGUAACGGGGGAUUAUGUGCACAAGUCUGUGUUCAUCAUCUUUUUCCAAGGUGACCAGUUAAAGAACAGAGUCAAGAAGAUAUGUGAAGGAUUCCGUGCCUCCCUCUACCCGUGUCCAGAAACACCACAGGAGCGGAAGGAAAUGGCUUCUGGUGUCAAUACCAGAAUUGAUGAUCUUCAGAUGGUGCUGAACCAAACAGAGGAUCAUCGCCAAAGGGUUCUGCAGGCAGCUGCUAAAAAUAUCCGUGUCUGGUUCAUCAAAGUACGCAAGAUGAAGGCCAUUUACCAUACCCUGAACCUGUGCAAUAUCGAUGUGACACAGAAGUGCUUGAUUGCUGAAGUCUGGUGUCCUGUUGCUGACCUCGAUUCUAUCCAGUUUGCUCUCAGGAGAGGCACUGAGCACAGUGGAUCCACUGUCCCAUCCAUUUUAAAUAGGAUGCAAACUAAUCAGACCCCACCAACAUACAACAAAACUAACAAGUUUACUUGUGGCUUUCAAAACAUUGUUGAUGCUUAUGGCAUUGGAACUUAUCGGGAAAUAAAUCCAGCGCCGUACACAAUCAUUACCUUCCCGUUUCUGUUUGCUGUGAUGUUUGGAGAUUUUGGCCAUGGAAUCCUGAUGACUCUGAUUGCUGUCUGGAUGGUGUUCAGGGAAAGUCGUAUUCUGUCACAGAAAAGUGACAAUGAGAUGUUCAACACUGUUUUUAGCGGCCGAUACAUCAUUCUACUGAUGGGACUGUUCUCCACCUACACGGGCCUCAUCUAUAACGACUGCUUCUCCAAGUCUCUUAAUAUGUUCGGCUCAUCAUGGAGCGUUCGGCCGAUGUUCACAAAAGGCAAUUGGUCAGAUGCUCUGCUGGAGACUACUCCUCUGCUUCAGCUGAACCCUGCUAUUCCAGGGGUGUUUGGUGGUCCGUAUCCCUUUGGCAUUGACCCAAUCUGGAAUAUCGCCACCAAUAAGCUGGCCUUCCUCAAUUCAUUUAAGAUGAAAAUGUCUGUGAUUCUUGGCAUUAUCCACAUGCUCUUUGGUGUCACGCUGAGUCUUCUCAACCACAUAUAUUUUAAGAAGCCACUGAACAUAUACCUUGGAUUUAUUCCAGAAAUUAUUUUCAUGUCCUCACUGUUUGGAUACCUUGUUAUUCUCAUUUUCUACAAAUGGACAGCCUACGAUGCUCACACAUCAAAGGAUGCACCAAGCCUUUUAAUACAUUUUAUCAAUAUGUUUCUGUUCUCCUAUGGCGAUACCAGUAACAAGAUGCUUUACAAAGGGCAGCAAGGGCUCCAGUGUUUCCUCGUGGUGGUGGCGUUACUGUGCGUGCCGUGGAUGCUGGUAGCUAAACCUCUGGUCCUUCGCCAUCAGUAUUUAAGGAGAAAGCACUUGGAAGGGCAGCCCGUGGAGGCCCAAGUCAGCACAGUCCCGAACGAGCAGGCACUAGAGGCAGCAGCGGCUGCAACAGGGACACACAACUUUGGUGGGAUCCGGGUGGGCAAUGGACCAACUGAGGAGGAUGCUGAGAUCAUUCAACAUGACCAGCUAUCUACCCACUCUGAGGAGGGGGAAGAGCCUACAGAGGAUGAGGUGUUCGACUUUGCCGACACGGUGGUGUACCAGGCAAUCCACACCAUUGAGUAUUGCUUGGGGUGCAUCUCAAACACUGCGUCCUACUUGAGACUCUGGGCUCUCAGCUUAGCCCACGCACAGCUCUCGGAGGUGCUCUGGACCAUGGUGAUCCACGUUGGCCUCAGUGUGAGGAGUCUGGGUGGAAGCUUCGGCCUUUUCUUCAUAUUUGCUGCUUUUGCUACCUUGACGGUAGCGAUUCUCCUGGUCAUGGAGGGCCUGUCUGCUUUUCUCCAUGCUCUUCGCUUGCACUGGAUUGAGUUCCAGAACAAGUUCUACACUGGCACUGGGUUCAAGUUCCUGCCCUUCUCAUUCGAUACCAUCCGCGAAGGGAAGUUUGACGAUUAGAGAUCCCUCUGCUCCAGCAGUGUUAACCACCUGUGAUCUAUGCCUAGUACUGUCCCGUGUGUCUGAGUUGCAUGUACUCCUCCCCUAGUGAAAAUAACUUAUUGCAGCAGCCUCGAGUGUUAUCGUGGAAUUUCCAAGCCGAGAGCUUUGGCAUUCUCGGGUACUGAGUGACACUGGAUCAAAGAAACUGCUCCUUCCUUAAGUUUACUGCUGAAGAUAUGAAGUGCAUGAAGUGUUGGUGUGGUGUGUAAUAGUGUCCUUCUCGUGUUGUGAGCUUCCUGGCAGGCUUAUCAGGGCAGCAUGAGAAAAAUGCAGCUACAGCUGAGUGGGCAUAAAGGCACACGGAGAAGAAAAGGCAACUUCAGCUUGCGUAAAGCUUGCUGCUCAGGAAAAGAGAUUUUUUACAGGGAGCUUUGCAUGUGGAUCUACGUGUCUCAGCCUCUGAUUAAAUUAUGAGCAAUGGGCAGUUCAGGGUGUGCUUCUCCUACCUCCAGUGCUUCCACGUGUGCAAUGUUUUUUUAAUCUGGCAAAAACAACCUCUUACCCUUUGAGAUUCAGCUCUUCUCUGACCUCUGGACAAGACUUGAGGUGCUGGGAUGAAGGGGCACGGCUCGAGGGGCCUCAGCUAAGUGUGGGGGGGUUCUCUUUGUGCCCUAGUGAUGGAGAAACACCUGGCCUUUGCCUGGCUUGUCCUUGAAAAAAAAAAAAAUCCGGUUUCUCUCCUUCAUGGAGAGAAGAUGCUCCUUUAACCAAGCAUCUGCAUGCUCAAAUAUCCCAGGCAAAGCUCCGUGCCUGGUUCUGCUGCUUGUUUCUGGAGUCUGGUGAGCACGGGGACUUUGCUGCUGCUAGCCCAGGCCUGUGUGCGGGUGCCUUGGGGCCAGCCUGCACAGCUCAGCCUAAAACCAUGACUGGAAAGACAGACAGAGAGAGACUGGGUGUUUUUUGGACAGACGUGGGGUACAUCGGGAAGCGCUCUGGUGUUCCUUCCAGGUACCACGUGUCCCCAGUGCGCGGGGCUGCCUGUGCACCUCGUGGACAUGGUCCAGCUGUAAGAUGCCUACACGUGCCAGUUGCACUGUCGUGGCUGUCUCAUUUCAAAACAAAGCCCCGAGGCUGCAAAGCCCUCAGAGGUGCUGGCACAUCCAGCUGACCCCUUGUGCAUGAUGGCAUCCAGCUUUUGCAGGAGCAGAGGUCCCGGUGGCAAGGGUACGCUCAUGGUCUAAGAGGCCCAUCAAGGGAGAAGAGAGGCUGAGUCUUCCCCAAAGGGUCUUCCCCCCCAAAAAAAGUCUCCGUGGCAGUGGGGUCUCUGCCGUAUUUCCCCACUGCACCCGUUGCUUUUUUCUCCUGUGCAAGGUGAGCGCUGCCUUGCCCUCCUCACCGUGACGUAGCUGUAGGAGCAGGGAGCUGUGUGUGUGUCUAUGUUGUGUGUUGUUGUUAAUUGUCACAGUGGAUCUGGAGUAUUUAUGUAUGGACAGCGUAGAACAAUAACAAGAAUCAUCGUAACCUGGAUCUGAAGCAGAAAUGCCACACAGAAAGGGGAAAGGUGUGUGUGCACUUGGUGCAGAUGGUGUCACGCGUGCGUGCGGAGCUGCGCUUCGUCACCUUCUGGGCCACUGCUGUGUUUACAGGCAGACCUUGCUGUAUGUUUACAAGGGUGUUUGCAGAAAGACAACAUCAAAAUGCAGCUGGAGCAGCGACCGCAGUCCUGCCCAGGUGGAACGUGUUGCUGAUGGUCACUAUAAAUUAAACUAACUGCACUACC